CCGACGGGCUCGUCAUUCGCGGCGAUGGUGGGCGAGAUGCUGAGCGCGGGGCUGGGCUGCAUCGGCUUCUCGUGGGCGUCGUCGCCCGCCGCCACCGAGCUCGAGACGCACAUGAUGGACUGGCUGGCGCGCCUGCUGGCGCUGCCCGAGCACUUCCUCAACGCGGCGCCCGGCCCCGGCGGCGGCGUACUGCAGGGAUCUGCGAGCGAAGCGACGCUGGUGGCGCUCCUGGCGGCGAAGGAGAGGACUGUCCGCCGUGUGCUGGAGGAGCAGCCGGGGGAAGACGCAGCCCUCCUGAAAACGCGCCUUGUCGCCUACACCUGUGACCAGGCCAACUCGUCCGUGGAGAAAGCGGGGCUGCUGGCGUCGCUGUCCAUGCGCCUGCUGCCGUCCGACGCCCAGGGCCGCCUGCGCGCCGACGUGCUGCAGAGGGCCGUGGACGAGGACCGCGCUAACGGCCUGCUGCCCUGCUUCCUCAUCACAGGAACGGCGUUGCUUUGCCCCGAGUACCGACACAUCGCGGAGGGCGCGGAGCUCACCGACUCCUUCUGCGUCAACCCACACAAAUGGAUGCUCAUCAAUUUCGACUGCUCCGCCAUGUGGGUGCGUGACUCACACCAGCUGGUGGAAGCAUUCACUGUGGACCGCAUCUACCUGGCGCAUCAUAAACAAGGACUGGCCCCGGACUACCGGAACUGGCAGAUCCCGCUGGGGCGGCGCUUCCGCGCGCUGAAGCUGUGGCUGGUGCUGCGCCUGCACGGCGCCGAGGGGCUGCGCGCGCACGUGCGCCACCAGGUGGCGCUGGCGCGGCACUUCGAGGCCCUGGCGCGCGCGCACGCGGCCGUGCACGUGGCCACCGUCGCGCUGGGGCUCGUCUGCUUCCGCCUGCAGGGCCCGGAGGCGCUGACGGAGGAGCUGCUGGCGGCGCUGCGCACGCGGGGCCGCAUCUACGUGGUGGCGGGCGCCGCCGAAGGCCGCCUGGUGAUCCGCUUCUGCAUCUGCUCGCGCCUCACGCGGGCGGCGGACGUCGACUUCGCCUGGGAGGAGAUCCGCCAGCAGGCGGAGGCGGUGCUGCGCGCGCACGGGCUCGCCAACGGCGUCACCGACGACCACACCGCCGCUGACGUCAACGGCCAAGUGAACAGGCUCACCAAGGGGAUCGUGAACGGCGUCACCGUCACCAACGGCUUUACCAAAAGUGACGCCAACGGCGCAGCUCACGGUUUCACCACCAGUGACUCCGAUGCUGACGGUGCCGAGCCCGAAAUCCCGAUGGUGGCUGAUAUGGUGACGUCCCAGCCACCGCUGCCGUCUGCAGAAUGCAAGGCCGUCUAA